AUGUAUGAAGAUCGACGUCCGUGGGUACCAGUUUUCUCCGUGACAAAUUCUUUGGGCAGAUUAGCUGUGCUUGUGCCUGGGAAAAAUGUGGGAAGAUUUUGCAGAGGCACAAAUAAUAGGUUUGCAGGCAGAUGCCCCGCUAUUCGUGCAUCUCUACUUUCUGAGCCCCAACCGAAGGUCCGGGCUGCAGCUGUUUUUGCUCGGGCAACUGUCGAUUUUGGGGAAGUGUCCCCAGACGGCCUGCGAUGUGGCAGUGAAGGAGGCAGCUUAAGGUUGGUGACUACUGGAAUAAUUGACAGCGUGCGGUAUUCCUUUGGUGGGCAACUGUCGAUUUCUCGUGGUUAUGAAUCCACUGGUGAUGUGGAUGAGAUUCCAGCAUUUGAUUUCACAGAAUGGUUGAAAACAACAGUGUCGGGGUGGGACUAUGUGGUGAUGAAGCUGGGCAAUUGA